AUGUAUCGUGCUCCUUUCCUUCUUCUACUUGCCAUCGUGUGCCUCGGGGCUAUUGUCAAUGGAAUGACAAUGGCACGAAACAAUACGACAAACCCAGGGACAGGAAAUGAUACGUCAGGCUCAAACUCGACGGCUGGAAAUGACACAAUGUCCUCAGUACCAACAACCACCUCCUCGGGUUCACUCACCUUCUUCUCCAGUCUACUUCUACUUCCCUCCAUCCUCCUCUCAAUUCAUUUACAGUCUUAA